CCCAAAACAGAAAAUGUUCGUGCGGUCUUGCUCCCUUUCUUCCUGGUCGUCGGUGGGAGCAGCAGCAGUGGUCGCGCGCGCCCCCGCGAACCCUCCUCCUCUCCCCUCCUCCCCCGCGCCGACGCCGCCCAAGUCCGGGCCAAGGCCCAUGUCCUCCUCCUCCUCCGCCGGCGCCGGUCCCGGAGCCGGCCGCGUGCGCGUCGCGGUCGUCGGCGACGUGCACGAUGAUUGGGUCCUUGAUGAAGAUGCAAAGGCCCUCCAUUUUCUUCAGCCAGAUCUGGUGCUUUUUACAGGUGACUAUGGCAACGAGAAUGUUCAACUUGUCAAAAGCAUUUCAGAUCUUCAGUUUCCAAAGGCAGCGAUUCUUGGUAAUCAUGAUUGCUGGCGCACACAUCAAUUUUCGGAGAAGAAGGUAGAUCGUGUCCGGCUUCAGUUGGAAAGCCUUGGUGAGCAGCAUGUUGGAUACAAAUGCUUGGACUUUCCAACUAUAAAGUUGAGUGUUGUUGGCGGGCGACCAUUUUCUUGCGGGGGUGACAGGUUAUUUAGACCAAAGCUUCUGUCACAACGGUAUGGUGUCGAUGAUAUGGCAGGAAGUGCAAGGAAGAUAUAUGAUGCUGCCUCAGGUGCACCAGAGGAGCACUCUGUCAUACUACUUGCACAUAAUGGACCUACAGGUCUAGGUUCAAGAAUGGAUGAUAUCUGCGGGCGGGAUUGGGUAGCUGGUGCUGGUGACCAUGGUGAUCCAGAUCUGGAACAAGCGAUAUCUGACCUGCAAAGCGAAACUGGUGUUUCGAUCCCGCUUGUCGUGUUUGGGCACAUGCACAAGAGCCUGGCCUACGGUGGAGGUCUGAGGAAGAUGAUCGCCUUUGGAGCCAACCAGACCAUAUAUCUGAACGGAGCGGUCGUGCCUAGGGUGAAGCACGUGGGAGAAAGCAGCGCCGCUGUGAUCUCCACAAGCGGAAGCGAUGGGCUGCAAGGAUCAGGAUCCACGGCACACACUUCGCGGGCGUUCACCACUGUCGAUCUCUUUGAUGGCGCCGUCGAGAAGAUCUGUGAGGUCUGGGUGCUGGUGAGCGGCGCAGGGGCUGAGCUUGAGGAGGAGACUGUCCUGUACAAGCGUCCACGUGAACACAUGUGACGGCUGGAUUUUGGUACGAAUAAUGUUGCAUGGAUUAUAUGCAAGUGUGCUGUGGCGAUGCUGAUGAAGCUGUUAAAAGAGUACAGUUGUUA